GGAAGGAGGAUCUUUCCCGAUGGCUCCGCCUAGGUCGUGCUCUCUCCCCGUCCCUCCCGCGUUGCGCUUGCGUAGCUAUGGCGGCGCCCAGUUCGCAAAUGGAGGCGGCCGCUUCGGGACUGGAAGAGCUGGUGUGUGCCCAAGGGCGGAACCGCAAGGCCGUGAUGUGCCAGCGCUGCGGCUCCCGCGUCCUUUUGCCUGGGAUGGCGACCUUCACCCGCAGAGAGCUUUUCCUUCCUUCUAUGAAGAAGAAAACAGCACUGGUGGGUAAUAGUGACCCAGAAGGGGAUGUCCUACAGGACCACUGGUUGGUUGAUGACAUGUUCUCUUUCGAAAAUGUUGGCUUCACCAAGGAUGUUGGAAAUAUAAAGUUCCUGAUCUGCGCAGACUGUGAAAUAGGUCCUAUUGGCUGGCACUGCUUGGAUGAUAAAAAGAGUUUCUACGUGGCCUUGGACCGGGUGUCUCAUGAAUGACUGGGGACCAGAAGAUCAACUGUGGGCCUUCUGUCAGCCGGUGAAGCCAAUACUGAUAUAUUGCUUUUCCUCUGGGGAUCAAUGUUGUGACGUCAGCAUGCACAUGUGUGCUGCCCUAACAUGGUGCAUAGAAAAAAGUAUCUAUUUAUAUUGUUUGUCAAGUGAGUUAUAGCUAAAAUGAAACUCUCCAUGUGAGAUAUGCCAUGUCCUGACUACCAUUCCUGUAUAAUAUUGUGGUUUCAUUUGGAUGUAUUUUGGAAGAAAAUUAUUCCCAUGGAAAUGGAUGGUUCACGUUUUUAAGUACCGAAGAAAAGAAAACAUUGGGGUUCAUUGAACUGUUAUCUUCUAAAAAAAUGAGCAUUAUACUGUAAGAGGUCUAUCUUUUUCAGUGUCAGAUUUUAAUUUACGGUUUUCUACCAUAUUUUGGACCACCAGGUGUAUAUCAUGUACUGGCAUGAAGUAUAUAUUAAUAAAUAUUCCCACUUAAUGACUAUAAUCUUGUUGAAAACCAGGCUCUAGUUGCAGGGGGAUAUUUUAAAUGGUGAGGGGAGGGCAUGCAGGGACAAAUGAAUUUCAAGGGUCAAAAGUCAUGAAAAGGCAAGAAGAGAGUAUUGCUGGACACUCUAGCCCUCUAUGAAUAUUUAUAUUUGAUUAAAAAAUUAAAUCAA